GUCAGAACCACAGUGAGCACAACCACAUUUCUUCUUGUGACUGCCCUCUCCUCUUGCCCUUGCUGUCCUUUCCCCAGGUCCCUCCGGCGGACGCAACCAUGGCAGAGGAUUUGACCGCGAAAGUGCUUAACGUCCUGAACUCUACAGACGGUCCCGUCGUCACAUCGGAAGCCUUCCCCAAUGCCACCUUCGUCAGUGUCAAAUCCGCUGUCGACAAAUUACGAUCGAGAGAUUUCAUUGAAGCAGAGCAGAUUGAUCGGUUAGAACUUGUUCUUACAAAAGAAGGUCAUGAUAUCGCAGAAAAUGGAAGCAAUGGCGCCAGGGUUUUCGAGGCUGUCCGGGCGGCCGUGGAAGGACUGAAGAUCAAAGAUUUACCCGCUGCUGUGGGCGACGCAAAUGUGGCCAAGUUCGGUUCGGGAGAUGCUUUCAAACUCAAGUGGAUCAAGAAAGAUGGGGACACUCUCAAAGCAGUUGCGGAUAAGAUCCAGGACGAGGUACAAGAACAAUUACUGGAGAUCCAGUCCAGGAAAGCCCUAAGCAACCCCAAGGUUGUGGCAGACUUCAAGAAGAGGAAGUAUGUGGCAGAGCAGAAAACAGUCACCUUCAAGAUCUCCAAGGGCCCUAAAUUCUCGACAGAGUUUGUCAAGGAAGAGGCGGAUCUGACAGCAGAAAUGUUGGCCUCCGGGGCAUGGAAGACCGUGCAAUUGAAACCAUAUAACUUCAAAGCAAAAGGUGCACCCACGCCAUCCGGAGCUCUUCAUCCUCUCAACAAAGUGCGGCAAGAGUUCCGAGAGAUUUUCUUUGAGAUGGGGUUCGAGGAGAUGCCGACAAAUCGCUAUGUGGAGACCGGUUUCUGGAAUUUUGACUCUCUUUUUGUUCCUCAACAACAUCCCGCCCGCGAUCUUCAAGACACUUUUUACAUCUCGGAUCCUGCCAGAGCUGAUCCCCCUCGAGCAGAUCCCGAGCCUCCAGCUCCUGGGGAGAAACCUACACCUUCGCCCUCCCAUAAGAGAACGAAGUCGAAGGAAAAAGGCUUGGACUUCAAAAAGUACUGGGACGAUGUCCGUGCCGUGCAUGAGAACGGGAAAUUUGGUUCAAUAGGCUACAGAUACCCGUGGUCUGAAGACGAGUCUUUGCGUCUGGUUAUGCGAACUCACACGACGGCAAUUUCUGCAUACAUGCUUCACAAACUCGCCCUGAACCCUCGGCCGGCGCGGUACUUCUCCAUCGACAGGGUCUUCCGAAAUGAGACGGUCGAUCAAACACAUCUGGCAGAAUUCCACCAGGUGGAAGGCGUGAUUGCUGACUGGGGUCUGACACUGGGUGGACUGAUCGGUUUCAUGGAAGUCUUCUUCGGCAAGAUGGGUAUCAAAAACCUGAGGUUCAAGCCCGCAUACAACCCCUACACAGAGCCGAGUAUGGAAAUCUUCAGCUACCACGAGGGAUUGAAGAAAUGGGUGGAAAUCGGAAACAGUGGCAUGUUCAGGCCAGAAAUGUUGGAACCGAUGGGCUUGCCAAAGGAUAUGCAGAUAUAUGGUUGGGGUUUGAGUUUGGAGCGACCUACCAUGAUCAAAUAUGGCGUCAACAACAUUCGAGAACUUCUGGGGCAUAAAGUCGACCUCAACUUCAUUGAACAGAAUCCUGCUGUCCGCUUACACAAAGAUUAGAACAUCCCUCACAAGCGACAAAUCAGCAUGUACGAAGAUCGACGAAUCCUACGCGCUCAAGAUGUGUUGCAAGUGAAAGAGAGCAUUACCAGAACAGGUUCUAGAUUCCAAGAAGAGAAGGCUAGAAAUGAUACCCAAUUACUUCUUCUCCCUCUGCCCCUUAUGUUUGCCUCGUUCCCCUUCACUUCUAUUUCUGUUACAAGCGGUCAAUUUUCUACCGGCACAUCAAGGCUUCCUCAGACUCAAUCUACCAUGACUGUGGAAGUAGAGAUAUAAUCGUACAUACAACAGCCGAAUAUUGAGCCCUAAACGCCGCCUUCUGAAGAGCUGUGAUUUAUUUCCGAGGUUGAGAGUCAGAGCACAGAUACGGGCGGCACAUUCGUCUUUUUGUUGGCGAAACAUAUAGAUCCCCCACCGUUGUGACAGAGAUGAAGAGCCACAUGUGUGUGUGGAGUGUCCUUGAAUUGGGUUUUCAUUUCUGGGCCGUCCCAGUCUGCAGUUCUAUCAUGCUGGUCACGCAGAUUUACCGUGUCCGUGCCCUGCGACCAAGCAAGCAAAUUCUCUUCUUCGCCAUGCGGAAUGCCAUGCAUCCAUCAC